UGUAAUCGUCUCAAAGGAUGAACUUGAAUUGUAUCUACCUUUCCGAAAUCAACCCCUUUUAUACCUCCAGGUUGUUUAUUAAUAAUCACAUUUAAUCCCUAAUUUUAUAAAAGUGUAGGUUGUGGUCCUACCCACUCACUUCUUUACAGAUCGUAAUUAUGCCAUCAUACGUAUUUUCUUUAGGUAACGCGAUUAAUUUAGCUUACUGAUAAGUAAGCUAAAUUAAUCAACACAUUUCUAUGAGGAAUAAAGUACUGAAACUAAAUUUUAAGAAGAGUCCGCGACAGUUCUUCGAUUAGAAAAAAAAUGCCUUGACACCGUACGUCGUCACUUUUCGUCACAAAACGUAACAAACAAAAUGGUUUUCUCUGACAUUUGAAGCUUUCUAUUCGUCAUGCUACUGCAAUGUAAUAUUGUUUAGGGCCGCUGGUAUAUUUUUAUCGAACAUUUUGCUUUCUUACGUAUUGACUGACCAUGAAAGGCAAGUAAAGCUAGAGUAACAACAAUUAAAAUACCUUUGACAGGAACAGGUCACUAAGGUUUUAAAUUAAACCAUGACGCUAUAAGGGGUGAGUGGGAAGCGGAUAACCUACAUAUGAUAAGCACACUCAUGAAUAUUAACAAGUUACCUUUCAGUAUAAAAGGACUGCUGUCUUCACCAAUGGUUCAUUCCAAGCUCAUCCUCUGAGACUAUCGCACUGAAAACACUUAGUCACCAACAUGAUGAAGUUAGUGUUCAUCUUGGUAGUAGCUGUGGUGGCGUGUGCGUGGCUGAGCGGCGUGAGCGCGGUCUGCGGCCGGCAGCUGUCGGAGCAGCUGUUUAGAAUGUGCACAGACGAGCAGAAGCGCAGCUGGUGGGGACCGCGGGCCCGCGCGCUGGUCAGCGGGCGCAGCAAGCGCCUCAUCGUCGACGAGUGCUGCGAGAGGGUCUGCUCCGUCGAAGAACUCAUGACCUUCUGUCAAUACUAAAAACGAAUAUACUUGCGUAAAUUGUUGAGAUUGUUGUUAAAUUCGUAUUGUUAAAACUUUUAUUCUCUCAAAUUGGAAACUUGCCAGAUU